UCUUUGAAUGUUCUCGAAGUUUCCCGACUCAUAUCGGUCAUUUCCGGAAGUGUCUUAGAACGGUUCUAGCUGAGAAGUGACUACAUCGGUUUAUGCGUUCGAAGUGGGUUUGAUGUAACGUUUUGUUAGUACCAUGUCACUUCUGUGUUAUAACAAAGGAUGUGGACAACGUUUCGAGACAGACAACAACUGUGAUGAUGUUUGUACCUACCACCCUGGAGUUCCUGUGUUUCACGAUGCCCUGAAGGGCUGGUCAUGUUGUAAGAGGAGAACUACUGACUUCUCUGACUUCCUCAGCAUCGCUGGCUGCACGAAAGGACCCCACAACCCGGAGAAGCCUCCUGAGCCAGUAAAACCAGAUGUUAUCUCAUCAGGGGUGAAGCAGGGAGUAGAUGACCUCAAACCAAAGUUCAGUGAAUUCAUAAUCUCUGCUCCCAGACCCCUGGAGUCCAUAAGCAGACCCAGUUCAGAUGAGCCCUUAGUGAGACUACAGCAGAAGAUUUCCCCCUCUCUGAAACAGGCUCUGGAGAAGCUGGAAGUCUCAGACAAAAGCACUGUGGGGAAUGAGGAGGACUCUGAUGAGGUGAAGGUGGGGACUCUGUGUAAGAACGGAGGCUGUGCCAAGAGCUAUGAAGGCCCUGCCAGCAACAACCAUCCAUGUCUGUACCACGCUGGCGUCCCCAUCUUCCAUGAAGGGAUGAAGUACUGGAGUUGCUGUAAGAGGAAAACGUCAGACUUCAACACGUUUCUGUCUCAGGAGGGCUGUAGCCGUGGCGCCCACCUCUGGAGGAAGAAAGACACGGGUAAGAAGGUGGUUCCAUGCAGGUUUGACUGGCAUCAGACUGGAAGUCAGGUGAUCAUCUCCAUCUACGCCAAGAACGCCAAACCAGACCUCAGCUAUGUGGAGGGCAAUAGUGGCAUGCUCAACAUCCACAUCGUCUUUGAAGGAGACAAGGAGUUUGAUCAGAAGGUGAACUUGUGGGGGGUCAUUGAUGUAGGUAAAAGUGUGGUCAACAUGAUGGCAGCGAAGAUAGAGAUCGCCAUGAGGAAGUCAGAACCCAUGUCUUGGGCUCGACUGGACCUUCCGCCCGUUGCCCCACCCAAAGAGGAAAAGAAAGCGGAGGAGGACGAGAAGAGUGACAGCGAAGACGAGGAAGUCGAUUGAAGACGUGCUUACUAAGGGGAUUGCACUGAGUGACUGGUUAAUUCACUGCACUGCGUGUUCCUCUGCUUGAACUCACCUGAAACAUUGUAAUACAUUUGGGAACAUUCAAUAUACAACAGUUAUUCCCCCCUUCCUCCAUCACAUGCUGUUGAACCAAUCAUGUCAGCUCUGGGCCCAAGUUUCCCCUAGAUACAGGUCUGGUAUCAGAUCCCCUCCACUUGAACCAUUGGAAGGAGGAUGACCAAAUGGACAUCAGGUCAGUAUCUAGGGGAAACAAGACCAUACGGGUACAAACUGGUUGCAUGGACCAGAUCAUUUCCUCAUUCAUGUUGUCCGUCUGUUAUGUAGUGCUCUGCUUUUUAAAAGUGUGUGCACUGUUUUGACAAUAGUUUAUAUUUGGAUGGAAACUUGAAAGAGUAUUGGAUUUCUGUUUUUUGGUCUUAUUCCAUACUUUCUGAAAGCUAAGGGAGUGGGAUAUUGUUGAAAUGAAGUCUGCGUUUCACCAGUGAUUUAUGUUUUUAAAUUGGUCAGGCCAGUUUGCAUGUCUGCUGUUCAAUGGCAAGUGGAUAUAAAUGAUGCCAUUUAGCAGAUUUCAUCCAAGGCCGCCUCACUCAUGUCUGAAUAGAUUUUACAUGAACUAAUCUGACUACAAACUAGAUUGUUCAGUUUUUAAACAGGCUCAAUAAAACCCAGAAUGAUUGGGUGAAA